AUGAGGCGUGCUUGGGGGGUUGAGGAAUCUGGUGGGGGUGGGGGUGAAUGUGCUGGGAGCUCUCUGAGGGGGCCGGGAUCUGUGGGGUGCCGCCUGAGAGGGAUAUUUGAGGGCUUCGGGGGUGGGGAGCUUGGUGGCGCCUGGGGGACGUCUGUCCCGCUGUGCGCCCGGAACUGGGUAGUAGUGGUGGCGUGGAGGGUUCUGGGCUGUGGUGUCGAUAGCCGCGGCUUGUGCGCGUCGCUGGGGGAGUUUCAGUCCGGGGUGUGCAGUGCGUUAUGGGUGGCGUGGGCGGACUAUCGGGCUUGUUCUGUGGAGUGGGUUGGGUGUGGGCGUUAUUUUUGUGUCGGUGGUUCCUUGGGCGGCAUCUGUGGGUAUGGUGCGCGCGAUACGAAGGGCUCCUGGGGGGAAGGGGGGGUUCGGGGCCGCGGCUGUGGACCGCGGGGUUGUGUCGCGGUUGAGUUGUUUCAGGGAGCGGUCACGUGGGGUGGGGGUGCGGAGAGGGAGGUAUUCGGGAGUGGUGCUUCUCGGCUGUGUCGUGAGGGCUGGGUUGGGAGGGAGAGGUCGUGGGCUGCUGUGUGGGCUCUCCUGACAUUAGGUCGAGGGGGGGCGUGA